AUGUCUACUCCAAUGUCCGAUGGUUCCCCGGCGCAAGAAUCCGAGAACCCUCUCCUCCGCGCCUCAAAUCCGAUGGUCUCUGACUUAGAACAAGAGGUUCUGGAUGAAUAUUCUAGAUUACUGGGCAAUGUAAAUAAGCUAUCUGAAAAGCUUGCCGACCUCUCCGGUGAUCCCUCGUCCCUUACUCUGGAUGGCCUCCGACUUCUUGAACGGAAGACGGCGACGGUCUGCACACUUCUGAAGGCCAGUGUGUACAGUAUUGUGCUCCAGCAGCAAAUUUUCAACGAGAAUGAGGAGCAACAACAGAUGGAGCAGCAGCAAAGUGAUCAAAUGCAGUAUCAUGACCAGGGGUAUGAUUAUCAGGAUGAGGAUAUGAGCUUUGAGGGGCGGUGUGGGCUGUGGGUAUACCCCUUUUGUUUUAUUGUGGGUUUUGGAACUGGACUGAUAUGA